UUUAUUACUUUGUAAUAAAUCAGCGAUGUUUUACAGCAGCAACAGCUGAUGUAUAGUUAUAUCAUUAAUGGUGGUGCGCAAAAUAUUGAGAAAAAAAACAACUCGAGAUAACAGAUUCGUACUUUGCCGAGUACCGAUACGAGCAGCACAGGCGUUUAGUAUGAGUACGGACGUUGGUGAUCGAUGACCGUGUUGCAUCACGUUAAAUUUUCGUCCAUUUUGUUGUUGGCAUACGUAAAAACGAUUAUAUGUUAAGACUUGACCGCCAAUCGCCUUCCCACUCCGGGCCUGCAUAGACCUUAAGGGUCUGCACCUACUUGAUCUGCCUACGCUCGAUUGCGUAUUCUGUUUCAGAGGUCCACAGUCAUAACUACGUAACUCAUAAUAGUUGUGAUCGUCGUCAAUGGCAUUCCGAGAAGCUGCUGUACACACGUCUCGUCGUCUCGUAAACAUCCGCCGAGGAUCACCAAGACGGUUUUAAUACGAUAAGUAUUUCUGUUAUUUUCGUGUUUCAUCUCAACUCUUUGCUUGUCUACAGUGCUUCGGUGCGAUGUCUGUCACCGUACAGCAGAUAUUGUCCGACGCCAAGCGAUUGGCGUCCAAACUCAAAGAACACGACACAGCAGCCGAUUCGUUGUUGUCUCAGGCUCAGUUCGUCUACAAGAAGAUCGACGCCAUGAAACAAUAUACAGACGAUUUGUCAGAACUUAAUGACAUGGAAGAAGGAGGUCUGCCACAUGAAGAACUAGUCAACUCUAUUCGGACUGAAAGUCGACAGCUACAAGAGAUUGUACGUGAAAACCGAAUAUUAAAAGCAAUGGUUGCUGAGCACCAGACUGCACUAGAAAUGAUCAUGAGCAAAUAUCGGUCCCAGGUUUCUCAACUUGUUGCACAAAGCAGUGCUAAUCAGCAUAUUAAUAAUAAUAUUGCAGCCAAGACAAUAGAAGAGAAAAAUGUAUUGAUCGUUCAACAGGAAGAACGUAUCAAAGAAAUGAUGGCUGUCAUGAGUCUCGCCUCUCGUUUGGAAGCUGAAGAAGCAAGCAAAAAGGAAGAAAUUAUUGGCAGGUUACAAGUUGAAAACCAAACGCUUAGAAAACUAUUGAAAAUAUCCAGUGAUCUAUCUGUAGAAAAAGAACCAGACCAGACUUUGGCAUCUACUUAAACUUUUAAACUUAAUACAUUACCAUUACUAAAUCAAAAUAUUCCCCAAUAUAUUAAUUCAAAUGCCAUUAAUAAUUGUGUCAUUAUAAUAAUUUAGAAAAUACAAACAAAUAAUGAACACAAUCAUUUGGACUUAAAUUUAGAUAAUAAUAAAAUAAUUUUGAAGAAAAAAACAUACAUUAACAUUUAACAUAAUAUUAGAUUCAUAUGUUCAAAUCAGGAACAAUGUUGUGUCAUUAUCGUGUAUAUUGUGAAGGAAAACUGAAUGUAUGAGAUCCAAUGGCACCUACAAUUGGCAGUCGACCCACAUUUGGUAUGAUGUUGUAGGAUAGGGUAAGAGUGACGUUUUUAUUUCCUCUGCAAAAUAUUAUAAUAACUGUAUUAUCAUCUAUUUUAAUCAUAAUUUUAAUUUUUUUUCUCAUAUAAUAUUAAUAAAGAGAUCAAAUCUGAAUGAACAUUUUCUAGUAGAAAUAAUAAUAGCAAAAUAAAUUAACAGUAAUAAAAAUUAUGGAUUUAAUUUAAGCAUUGGACUUUCAUAAUAUAGGUGGAAUUAUAUUUAUAAUCAGUAUAAUAAUAUGCUAAGUAGUUUUUACUCUUAUUUAUAUUUAUUGGCAUACUGUUUCAUGAUAUUAACUUGUAUCAACUGAAAAAGAUGUUUUUUUUUUUAACUUAAUAUAAUCUGUGUUGUCCUAUUUAUAAUUUAAAUUUAAAAUUAUAUUUUGAUCAGUGCAUAUUACAUUAUAUACUAAUAUGAUUAUACCUAACAUUGUAUUUGUUAUCUGUUUGUUAGUGUUAAAUUAGACCUAAGUAUUUUUAUGUUAAAAACAAAUAUAUUAUACAUAUAUAUUAUAUA